AUGGGGAAUAGUCAGUCUGCUUCUGUGGCACUGUCUAACGCUGCUGCUGUGAACCAAAUACAGGAGGUUAUUUCAGACAACUGUGUGGUGAUUUUCUCUAAAACGACAUGCUUCUACUGCAAAAUGGCAAAAAAAGUUUUUGAGAGUAUGAAUGUACAUUAUACAGCUGUGGAACUGGACAUGAAUACAAAUGGAAGCCAGUUCCAAGACGUUCUCGAACAGAUGACUGGUGGGAGAACAGUCCCAAGAGUGUUUGUCAAUGGGACUUUUGUUGGAGGUGCUAUGGAUAUUCAGAGGCUUCAUGAGGAAGGCAAAUUGCUGCCAUUAGUUAAUCAAUGCCAAGAAGAUCCUCAACGGCCAUCUAGCUUAGCGUAG